AUGGACAAUAUCAUCGCCCAGGAGGCACGACUGCGCUGUCGCUACAAUCAACUCACCAAUACCGCGGGUGUUGCACCGGGAUAUUUACAGGCAAAUCUUUUGGUACUUCCGUCAAAAUAUGCUGCGGAUUUCCAUGAUUUGUGUUUGCGCAACCCAGUUCCUUGUCCCCUACUGGGAAUGACCGCUGCUCCUGGGGACCCAAGUACCGUUCGACCGGCAGAGUGUAUUCGGUCUGAAGAUUUUGAUAUUCGGACGGAUUUCCCCAAAUAUCGAGUAUAUUCAGACGGGAAGUGCAUUGAGAGUCGUCGUGACUUGUCCGAUGUAUGGACUAAGGAUCAUGUGGGCUUUUUGAUCGGGUGCUCCUUCUCAUUUGAGGAUGCCCUGACGGCGGCAGGGUUGCCACCGCGGCACCAAAAGACUGGAACAAUAGUGUCAAUGUACCGAUCGAACAUUCCCUUAUUACCCGCCGGAAUAUUCACUGGCGGCCACUGUAUUGUAUCCAUGCGACCGUAUCGUCCGGAGCACAUCGAAAGAGUGAGGGAGAUCACUCGGGCCUAUCUGUCGACGCAUGGAGAGCCUGUCGCCUGGGGAUGGGAUGGUGCAAAACAACUGGGAAUUCUUGAUGUGGCAAAGCCAGACUUUGGAGAGCCACAAAGAUUCGACGAGGGCGAAGUUCCUGUGUUCUGGGCCUGUGGAGUUACACCUCAAAUUGCUGUUGAAGCAGCAAGUAAUAAAAUUGAAGGCCUGGUCUUUGCCCAUGAGCCCGGCCACAUGCUAGUCACGGAUUGGACAGCAGAAGAUCUGCAGAAACUCAAGCCUGGAAGAAUUUAG